ACAGCAUCUUAGUACCUCUUCUCAUUUGCGUUCCCCUAUAAGUAAAAUUUUGAGGCUCAGUUGCCAGGGAACUAUUCUUGAUACAAUUAAACAAAGUAAUGAGACUGAAAAUCUGAGUUUAGGCAAAGCAACAACCAAUUGAUGUGUGUUAUGAAGUUUGGAGGCUCAUCCAUGGCCUCUCCUGAGAGGAUCAGAGAGGUUGCAGCGGUUAUCCUCAGCUUCCCCAUUGACAGGCCAGUAAUUGUUCUCUCUGCUAUGGGAAACACAACAAAUAAGCUUUUGUUGGAAGGAGAGAAGGCUAUUAGCUGUGGAUCACUAAUGUGGAAACCAUGGAUGAGUUGAGUUUCAUAAAGGACCUGCAUCUUCAGUAUGUUCAAUUCUAUACAAGGCUGUAAUAACUAGUUGUAUGAAUUUAUUCUCUUCCCUCUCUCUCUUUCAUCAUCAAAUUAAUUAAUGUUCAGGACUGUAGAUGACCUUGGAGUUGAGAGGUCAAUAAUUGAACGUGAGUUUUGUUUGCUCUUUGACUUAUUUGUUUUUGUUUCAUGUUGCUACUUUGGAAAACUUUUUGCUUGCUUAAAUAAGCUGAACAGGUCUUA